GCGUACAGCAUCUGGUAAUUUACCGUCAGAAGUUAAGGAAGGAGUAGCUUGUCGGAGAAGAUGUCGGAAAAGAAAACAGGAGUUAAAGACUGUAUUUUCUGUCAAAUAGCCAACGAUCAGGACAAAGAAACAGAAAUCAUUAAAAAGUGUUUUCAUCUCCAUACCUGCACCCCCCCCUUCCAACAGAACAAGGAGCUGGUGUGUUUUAGAGACAUUUACCCUGCUGCUCCUCACCAUUACCUGGUUGUAUCCAUACAGCACAUACACAGCUGCCACUCCCUGCACAGGGGACACACUGGUCUCGUGAAACGGAUGGCUGAGAUGGGGAAAGCUGUCCUACAUGAACAAGGGAUCACUGAUAUGAAUGACAUAAGGCUCGGGUUCCACCAACCUCCUUACACUUCAGUUGAUCACCUCCACCUGCACGUGCUCGCCCCCAGCAGCCAAAUCUCAAAGUACAUGGAGUAUAAGUUCCUUCCACAGACCUACCGAUUUGUAACUGAAGAAUGUCUACUGAAGAGUAUAAAGAAAAAAUCGUCUACAGGCUUUCCUUUAGAGAGAUGUAUAUUGUCUUAGGAGCCAGCAGCUCCUAAACUGGACUUUUAGAUUAUUGCAGAGGAGCAACAAACAUCUCAGAGGACUGUUUGAACCUGAAUUAGCCACAUGGAGGGGAAGCUUUUACAAGGGCACUCUAAUUGUGCUGGUGUGAUGUUUUACGAAGUUUGACCUCUACAGCAAUGACAACCUUACAAACUGACACCUGAGAUCACAACAACGAAAGAAUCACUAAAUGAGAUAAUGAAGCAGAUAAAUUAAAUGUGAAAUGUAUUUUUAUUUAUUUAUUUUUAUUGAAAACAAUGGAUUGACUCAACUGAACACUGUGUUUCUGUGUAUAACAGUUUGUUUUUAUAUUUCUUAUUAUUAAAUUAUUUUUAUGCAGAA